AUUAUUGCUCUUUUGUUUUUUUCACACAGUUGUUUUAACUUCAUUGUAGCUCAUGAUUUGGAGUACUGCUAUGGAGCUCACGAGUAUCCAACGAGCGGGGUAUAUGAGGUAGAACCUAAGAAUUGUCCAGGGUUCAUCUUUAGACGGUCUGUUUUACUGGGAACUACCACCAUGUCCCGUUCAGAUUUCCGCUCUUACAUGGAGAAGCUUUCAAGAAAAUACCAUGGUGACACUUACCAUUUGAUUGCCAAGAACUGUAACCAUUUCACUGAAGAGGUAUGCUCGCAGCUUACAGGAAAGCCUAUUCCAGGAUGGAUUAAUCGGCUUGCCCGAGUAGGUUCGUUCUGUAAUUGUCUUCUGCCAGAAAGCAUUCAGCUUACAGCUGUUAGUGCUCCUUCAGAACGCCUUGAAUUCUCCGGUAAGCUU